AUGGCUCUGUUUAUUGUUUUGGGACGUUUCUCGCGGAUUGCUACGAUCCGUCAAACCGCUGCAUUCCAAUACAAAACGUCACCGAUCAAAACAAUAGCUGCGGUUCGUGAACACUCCCGAAAUUAUCGUCACCUUACCCAGUGUCUUCCCGAUAUCCUUCCCAACGUCGUCAAAAUUGGUUCCAGAAUGAGCUCAUCGCCCGAAGGUCAGGACAUGAUGGAGGUCUUGGCCUGCAACAGCAAUCAGCUGGCGGACGAUCUGCUUGCCGCCGGCAGUAACGCAGCUAAACGGCAAAAGCUUGUCCUGGACUAUCUGAAGGUGGCCGAUCGUGAUGGGAAAAGUGUUACAGCCGAAUUUCCGGACGGAUUGGAUUGGUUCAACGUGACCGAAGCAUUGACGCUACAAGGUUCCCUGCGGGGGAAAGUGGUUGUGCUAGAUUUUUUCACCUACUGCUGCAUCAACUGUAUGCACAUCCUGCCGAAUCUGAAACGCCUGGAGCACAUGUAUCCGAUCGAAGAAGGGCUGGCAGUGAUCGGUGUGCAUAGCGCCAAGUUCAAGAACGAGAAAGAAUCGAACAAUAUUCGAGCAGCGGUCGAACGGUACGAAAUUUCGCACCCGGUCGUCAACGAUAAUGUAUCGGCCAUGUGGCGCAAACUGCGUGUACAGUGCUGGCCAACACUGAUGAUACUGGGACCACGAGCGAACCCACUGUUCGUGAUUAUGGGUGAGGGAAACUUCGAGGAUCUGAAGCUGUACGUCGGCAGUGCCAUACGGUUCUACAGGGAAAAGGGCGAAAUUCAACGCCAUUCGUUGCCGCUCAAUCUGACCGGCACGGGUACGAUUGCUUCGAACAUGAAAUUUCCUGGCAAGAUCGCCUGUUCCGUUCCCACCCUGGACGGUGAUAAGGAUAGCAGCGAGGAGCAACUGUUCGCCGUUUCUGAUUCGGGCAACCAUCGUGUAUUGAUAAUCGAUUCUGCUGGGACGGUGCUCCACAAGAUUGGCGGGAAGCAGAGUGGAUUUUUAGAUGGCAACUUUUCGAAGGCACGUUUUAACGCUCCUCAGGGUGUUGCCUUCCAAGGGACGGAUGUGGUGUUUGUAGCAGACAACGAAAACCAUGCCGUCCGAAGAAUCGAUCUCAAGACGCAGCAAGUAAGCACCAUCGCCGGAAACGGUACGCAGGGCAACGAUCGUACGGGAGGCAAGAGUGGCCGCGAUCAGUUACUAUCCUCUCCGUGGGACGUGGCCGUGUAUUCGACGCGCGAUCUGGAUAUGUCGUUCCAUGCGGAUGAAACGAGCGUUCCCUCGAAGGAUGUGCUGUUGAUAGCGAUGGCUGGAAUUCAUCAGAUCUGGGCCAUCUUUCUAGAGGAUACGAUCUGGUGGAAGUUCAAGAAGUACGGUGCCGGUACGUGCUGGGCCAUUGCGGGCAGUGGCCAUGAACAGAAUCGUAACACGUCGUACCCACACAGUGCUGCAUUUGCGCAACCAUCCGGUUUGGCUAUUAACCGCGUGGCGAAGGAAGUUUAUCUAGCGGACAGCGAAAGUUCCGCCAUCAGGAAAAUUUCACUCGCCGAUGGAAAGGUGAUGGCCGUGGCUGGUGGCGAUCGAAAUCCGCUGGAUCUGUUCGCUUUCGGUGAUGUGGAUGGAAAACAGUAUGCGGCAAAGUUCCAGCAUCCACUCGGUGUGGCAUACAAUCCGAAGGAUGGUUGCAUUUAUUUCGCCGACACGUACAAUCACAAGAUAAAGAAAAUUGACGUAUCGACAAACUGCGCUACGACGUGCGAGUUCCGUGAAGCAAAUGGUUCCGUUCGACGUUUCAGCGAACCGGCCGGCCUUUGCCUCGAUCGUUCCGGGCAGCUUUUGUACAUUGCCGACACGAACAAUCAUGAACUGCUGGUCGCAAAUCUCACCGAUUGCACCGUCCGUCCGUUGAAGUUAAACUUCCGCGUACCGGAAGAGCUGGACAGUGUGGUUGAAGAUCGUCGAUCGGGCACCACCCUGAAACCAACCCGUCCAAUCAAAAUGCAUCCCGGUGCUGGUCAGAGCUCGUUACGUUUAACGUUUAAUCUAACCUUCCCUGGUAAGGCAACCAAACUGACGGACGGUGCACCACAGCAAUGGUCCCUCGAGCUGCCAUCGACUGAGUGGGGUUGCGAGUGCACCAAGGGAACGAUCGAUACCGCUUCCGGCCAAUCACUGCAGCUACUCAUCGCACCACCGGCAAACGAUGCGUCAACGAAUGGAAACGAUCCAUCGCCGAUUGCGGUCAAUUUUAAGCUAAACCUUUGUGAAGGCGAUGUAUGCUUUCCGAAAGAAUUCAUCGUGCUACUGGAAGUGCAAUACUCCGCAGAGGAGACCGGCCACACUAACGUGGAACGUUACGACGCACAGGAAACGUACGAGGUGCAGCUUUCACGCGAAAAAGUAUGUCUUCAGCAGCACUGAGAAACUAUCGCGCACAACGAACAAAAACGUUUUUUUAUGUUUUUUAAAUGACGUUUUACAUCAUAGCAUUUGUUAGUUACUGAGUUGUGUGUACAGCAUGUACCGCCAUUUGUUUUCGAUCCUUUUAUCUACACAACCGAGCUUAGCUUCGAUAUGAUAAAGAUCAUAGAAUGAAACUAUACCCAUUAUUUUGAAUACAGUGGAUUUUCUAAUAUUUCGUAAGACUUGCUACCCCGAAUAGGAAGAUAUUGGUACAUUUCACGUGAAGGAUCACAAGGACAUUCAUAGACGACAAAUGAACAUCAGCGAUGAACGAAAGUAUAGAAACAAGCUGUAUGAUUUAGUUAAGUGUAGUUCUCCUCACAAUAAAUUUAGUGUACAUGGAACAACGAUACAAA